AUGGCUGGCUGGCGCGGGGCGCUGAUCGUGCUGGAGGGUGUGGAUCGCGCCGGCAAGAGCACGCAGAGUCGCAAGCUGGUGGCUGCGCUGUGCGCCGCUGGCCACCGCGCCGAGCUGCUCCGUUUCCCAGAAAGAUCAACUGAAACUGGCAAAAUCCUGAGUUCCUACUUGGAGAAGAAAAGAGAAGUAGAAGACCACUCUGUGCACCUGCUCUUCUCUGCGAACCGCUGGGAGCAAGUGCCUUUAAUCCGAGACAAGUUGGACCAGGGCAUCACCCUUGUUGUGGACCGCUAUGCCUUCUCUGGUGUCGCCUUCACAGCGGCCAAAGAGAACUUCUCCCUGGACUGGUGCAAGCAGCCGGACGUGGGCCUGCCCAGGCCCGACCUGGUCCUGUUCCUGCACCUGCAGCCGGCAGAUGCUGCCCAGCGCGGCGGGUUUGGCCGGGAGCGCUACGACGAUGAGGCCUUCCAGGAGCGGGUGCUAGGCUGCUUCCAGCAGCUCAUGCAGGACCCGAGCCUGGACUGGAAGAUGGUCGACGCCUCCAGGAGCAUAGAAGACGUGCACAGGGAGAUCUGCACCCUGUCUGAGGACGCCAUUCGGGGUGCUGCACACAAGCCGCUGGGCCAGCUGUGGAUGUAG